AUACUCCCCUUCUGCAUCAACACACCACUGCAUUCUGGUCUUCCACUUAUCAAAGCAGUGCAGUAGGUCUUCUUCAGACAGUUGUCUCAGAACCUCUGUGGUUCUUUUCUUAACUUCUGACACAGACUCAAAUCGUGUUCCUUUGAGCACAGAUUUGAUCUUAAAAAGGAAAAAGUCACACGGUGCUAGAUCAGGUGAACAGGGAGGGUGAUCAAGCACUGGGAUUUGUUUUUGGGCCAGAAGCUGCUUUUCCUUUUGAUCAGGAGUCAGAGGUUUUGGGACAACUUUGGCACACACUUGUCAUGUUCAAAUUUUCAUGCUAAAUUUGCUGAACUGUCUCUUUAUCAGUGGACACUAUUUCUGCUCUCAUUCUUAUACUGAGUCCUUUGUUGAAUGUUUUCAGAAGUGCCUUCACUAAAUCUUUUGUGCCAUUCAAACACAUGUACAUGUGACAUGCAGUGUUCCCCACACAAUGUACAAAAAGAUUCAGCUGCUGUUUUGUUCAAUCUUAACAAAAAUGUCAAGUUAAUGUGUUUCUCAGUUUUUAAACUAAUCAUUUUCCAACGCCUUAGCAAAACCAUGUGCACUUGAAUCAGUAGUUAGCAGUGAACUAAAGAUGUUAUUAUCUUAUUGGAAACUUACAGCAGUUGUGUGUGAACACCCAACCUUUAAUAUACAACAUCAGUGUGACUGUGGGUUGUUAAUCAGUUCAUUUUUCAUUUUUAACAUGUAUGUGUCCACUUCGUGACAAUUCUUCAAAGGCUGCUGGCUGGAGUUUUAUUCUAAGUGUUCACAUCGUGUGGAAAAAGUAACCGUACACUGUGCAGUUCAUCUGCAAGCUGAUUAGAGUACAUAGUACUGCAUGUAGGCUACACUGCCUUUUGUCUUUUCUUUUAUUUAUGAAUGUCAUAUUUCAUCCUUCAUAUGUUAACAGACAGAACAUCAAAGCUGUUUGCAGGAAGUCAGGCAAUACAUCCAGGAGUUCCUCCCUUCCAGCCCAAAAUAUCUAAACUGUAUCAACAAGGCAAGAAGCAAAAAAAGGCUUAAUUCCACCUCCUCGAGGUUCAUGAACAAUCAGGACUGUGUCUGUCAAUAAGCUUUAAAAACACAGAGAAAUCUAAAAAAUAUAUUAUUUGAUUGUCACUUGAAGAUUAGAAACUGAAACAAAAAACAACUACAGGCUCUCCCAACACAUGAAAGGUACAUGCACCAACAACAAAGUCUGUCUUCAUACUUCAACAUCCCUUCUCUUCAUGUCAUCACAAGUAAGAGCCAAAAGGAUCUCAAGUGUAACUGGCGGAAAGGAGGAAAUUUCCGUCAGUUCUUGUGGUGGAUUUAGCCGGAGAGAGGUGUUCAGUGAGUUCGGUUGCUCUAAGAAAUGAGUCAGCUGACAGACUCACACUGGAUACAUGAAGUGCUGCUACUUCCAGCAAAUACAACACAGCGAUUCCAACGAAGGAAACAGGAAAUGUGAGCUUCCAUGAUUGUCGUGUUGUCUAGCAGCAGUGUGAGCUGACAGUUGUGCUGGUCGCUCGGAUGGACCUCCCUCUUUCUGCCUGCUGGCUCCAGUAGGCUGUCCGCCCGCAGGAACUCUAGCCUGGCAGCGACGAGGGCGGAGAUAUGUUUCAUUUCAGAAAUUAGCCUCUACGCAAACCACCGUCUGAAUUCACACUGCUUUGGUUUUAACUGCGACGACAGAGCGACUGAUCAGCCGAGUCGAGGGGAAGCAGGAUGCCGGUGAAAGGCGGAGGAAGACUGGCCUCUUACCCGAGCAAGAGCGAAAAUGUCGGAAGCUCCGGGAUGGAAGAGAUGGUCUGGGAGCAGUACACAGUCACUCUUCAGCGGGACUCUAAGAUGGGUUUUGGUAUUGCUGUGUCAGGUGGGCGUGACAACCCCAAUGUGGAAAAUGGUGAGACGUCAAUCAUUGUGUCAGAUGUGCUUCAAGGAGGACCAGCAGAUGGAUUACUCUUUGAGAAUGAUCGCGUCAUUCAGGUCAACUCCAUCCCAAUGGACAACGUGCCUCAUUCCUUUGCUGUGCAGUCACUCCGUAAAUGUGGCAAAGUGGCCAAAAUAACGGUGAAGAGACCUCGUAAGGUAGCAGUUCAGUCCCUGAAGCAGCCCCCCUCCCCAAGCGGAGACAGCCGGGAAUACACCCCCCCCACCCACUACUAUGACGCUGACAACGACAAUGGCUGGUACCGUGAUGAAGGUCGGGACCACACCUCUGACAGCAAAGGAUACCUGGACCCUGAGUACAGGGGAGGGCGGGACUACAACCAGAGAGGAAGGAGCCGUGGGAGGAGCCAGGAGAGAAUCUCACCCAGCCCAGACAGAUCCAGGAGGGAGGGUAGCCGGGACCGAGCCCUGGACACCAGCACUGACCGUCAGAGGUACCACAGCAGAGGACGAAGCCCAGGGGACAGUUACCGUAUGGAGGACAAGUAUGAGCGAGGAGAAGGAGGAGGAGGAAAAGGAGGGAGGUAUAGGAGCAGGGACCAGCUUAAUGAAAUCCCUCCCUCCCCAGAACCCUCCAGAGAGCUGGAGCCACUGGAAAAACCUGUCAACGUCAUGCUGGUGAAGAACAGACCCAACGAAGAGUAUGGUCUACGUCUGGGGAGUCAGAUCUUUAUCAAACAGAUGACCAGCACAGGCCUGGCUGCCAAGGAUGGGAACCUGCAGGAGGGAGACAUCAUUCUCAAGAUUAAUGGGACAGUGACAGAGAACCUCUCUCUGCAUGAUGCUGGGAAGCUGAUAGAGAAAUCCAGAGGGAAGCUGCAGCUGGUGGUCCAGAGAGACCGCCGCCAGAUCCUUGUCCGCAUCCCCCCCCUUGCAGACUCUGACUCUGAUAAUGAUGACAUAUCAGAGAUGGAGUCAUACCAUUCCUAUUCUCCUCCAGAAGAGAGAAGGUCUCGCCAAUCUGACCUGUCUUCCCACUCCUCUAAUGAAAGAGAUAACCCCAGGCAAGAACCCAUGAGGACAACCAAGAUGUCAGCCAUGGCCUCCCCAUUCAGAGUACCUGAAGAUCCCCAUGCCUCAGUUGAUCUGGACAAAGACACACCAUUCAUAGAGGAGCCUCCAGUUGCUGCAACAGCCACGCCCAAGAUUCUUCUUCGACCGAGUCCAGAAGAUGAAAAAAUAUAUGGGCCAAACACAGUGAUGGUGAAUUUCCAGAAGGGGGACAGUGUUGGGCUUAGGCUGGCAGGAGGUAAUGAUGUUGGCAUCUUUAUUGCUGGUGUUCAAGAGGGCAGUCCUGCUGAGGAGGAGGGCCUGCGCAUCGGAGACCAGAUCUUAAAGGUGAACAACGUUGAUUUUCAAGGUGUAGUGAGAGAGGAAGCUGUGCUCUUCCUGUUGGAGAUUCCUAAAGGGGAGGUGGUCACUAUCCUGGCCCAGAGCAAACCUGACGCUUAUAAUGAUAUCUUGGUAUCGGGACGUGGAGACUCCUUCUUCAUCCGGACCCACUUUGAGUAUGAGAAGGAGACUCCUCAGAGCUUGGCCUUCAGCCGGGGGGACAUCUUCAAGGUGGUGGACACCCUGUAUGAUGGCAAGCUUGGCAACUGGCUGGCAAUCCGUGUUGGCAAGGAGAAGCAGCUGCUGGAGAAGGGAAUCAUCCCCAACAAGAGCAGAGCGGAACAGAUGGCCAGUGUCCAGAGCUCCCAUAAAGCAGCUGUGGGCGAUCGAGCUGACUUCUGGCGGUUGCGAGGCCAGCGUUCUGUGAAGAGGAAGGACCUGAGGAAGAGCAGAGAAAACCUGAGCAGUCAGACCCUGGCCACUCGCUUUCCAGCGUACGAACGAGUGGUGCUCCGAGAGGCUGGUUUCCGUCGUCCUGUGGUUCUGUUCGGCCCCAUCGCUGACGCUGCUAAUGAGAGACUGGCCUCUGAGAUGCCCAACCUGUUUGUCAUUGCCAAAACUGAACCAAAAGAUGCUGGCUCUGAGAAGUCCUCUGGUGUGGUUCGUCUGAACACCAUCCGACAAAUCAUUGAGCAGGACAAGCAUGCCCUGCUGGAUGUGACACCCAAGGCAGUGGACACCCUGAACUACACCCAGUGGUACCCCAUUGUCAUCUUCUUCAACCCAGACAGCAAGCACGGCAUCAAGGCCAUGAGACAGAGGAUCAUCCCCAGUUCCAACCGCAGUGCCCGCAAACUCUAUGAACAGGCCAUCAAACUGAGGAAGACCUGCUCUCACUUAUUCACUGCCACCAUUGAUCUGAUCUCAUCCAACGAUGCCUGGUAUGGCAGUGUGAAAGAUUCCAUCAGAGAGCAGCAGAUGCAGGCUGUCUGGGUGUCUGAUGGAAAGCUGGAGGGAGUAGAGAGUGAUCUGGACUGCCAGGAUGUGGAGCGUCUGUCCUUCCUGUCCGCCAUGUCUGCCGACUAUCUCAGCAUGGACAGCCGGCUGACCUCCGACCUUGAUGACACCGCUGAUGAGGGGGGGGCCUACACUGACAAUGAGCCUGAUGUGGAGACAGUACGCAUCUCUGCCAUCAGCCGCUCAUCUGAACCUGUCACAGCUGAGGAGAUCUUGCGCAGAUACAGUCCAGACAUUAGGGGCCGCAUGAGGAAAAUCAGCAGCCGGGAAGUGCUCAAUAGGUCUAGCCCUCCGGCUGUCUCCUUACCAGACAGCAAGGUGAAAUUGCCUCUGAGGGAUGAUCGGGUCUUUGUAUCAGGCUCCAUCAACUCACACCAUCAUCCUCGCCAACACCACCCUCCACCCCCAAGCUCCAGCCAAAGUUACGAUUCUCCAUCCAGCAGCAGUCCUGCCAGCAGCAGCAACGAUCCUCCACCACCCAUCCCUCGUUCAGCUGCUUUGUCUGGCCCGCCGCCCCCUCCUCCAGCUCACCAUCUCAACUCCUUCAGCAAACUGCAUCCUUUGGGAGUACCCCAACCCUCCACCAUGCCCACUCCCAGCAGCUGCGGGAGCACGGCACAAACUGCAGCUCACUCACCUUUGGCUCUGCCCAAUGCGACCAUUGCAGCCUGUAGGCAGCAGGGGGAGGCAGCAGAUGACAGCUCUGUGGAGGAUCCAUCUAUGAAGUCCUUCUUGGGGAAGAUCAAAGCCUUCGAGAAGAUGGAUCAUUUUGCCCGAUCCCAAAGGAUGCUGGAACUGCAGGAGGCACAGAAUGCCAGGUUGGAAAUCGCUCAGAGGCACCCAGACAUCUAUGCUGUUCCAUUGAAGACAGCCAAGCUGGAUCACAGUCGCCCACAGCCUAUCGGCUCCAGCUCCCAUUCUGAACCCCUGACUACUCCAUCCUCCAAGGAGGGAUGUCCCUUCUACCCGACCAAAGAGGAGGCAGAGGAGGGGGUAGUACCAGGAUAUUAUACCACCAACUCCCACCAGUACCAGGACACCGAACUGUAGGGUCAGCACACAGCAGCUGUGCCUGCCUCCAGCCUCUUGGACAUACAUGUACACAUAUACUGCAUAUGCAGUCUAUAUACACACUUACCAUUCCAUCAUGCCCUGCACAAGUCAGCUGCUGACUUUGAAAUGACUGUUGCGUCUUUGAUAUUGAGGGAAAAAUGCUUUUUUUCUUCAAAGAAGAUAAAGUAAUCUGUACUAUCCAUUUGGAUACAAACACACUGUCUCCACUUUAGUUGUUUUGUUAUAUUUAAUUGUUAAUUUCUUUCGUACCACUUUUAAAUGGUCAAAACUGAGAGAUCAGGAACCACUUGUUUUCUUGUUUUCUUGCCUAUGCAACUCUUCAGUUUGUGCGCAGCAACUGAAACCUAUUGCCUAGAGUUUUGCUCUCACAAAAACCUCAACAAACCUAUUUGCCCACAAUGCGCUUUAUCACAUUUAUCACAUCUUUCCCCUUCUUUUUUAAGCUCCUAUUAUUGCCAGCUAAGGUUAUAUAUAUAUAUAUAUAUAUAUAUAUAUAUAUAUAUAUAAAGUGUUUAUACUCUGUCUUUGCAUUCCUUCCUAUAUGACAAUGCCUGUGUAUACAUACAGUAUCUAUCUAUCUAUUUAUCUAUAUAUAUAUAUAUAUAUAAAACACAACACAAACAUACAUAUAUACAUAUAUAUAUUCUAUAUAGUAACACUGGAAUUUGUUACAAUUUUUUGAAGUGCCUUUUACUUUCUUGGUCCCAUGAGGUAUGGGUUGUCUUUCCUCCGCCCCUCAACCACCCAGCCGGACUAAAACCUCUGCUGCUGUCAAGCUUAAAGGUAAACCAGGGAACCAGUGACACCAAAACCUUAAUGCUGUCCCCACAUGCUGUACUGUCUACUGUUACCUCCAGUGACAAAACUAACCCACAAAAAUACAGUACAUACCCUUCUGCCAGUCCUAUCUGCCAUGUGUAAGAAAGAGCAGACUGUCCAAUCUCUUGAAUUCAGUCAAGAACAAUGUCAGUCUAAGACCAGCUUGAACUUUUUAAUUGAGAUCAUUACAAUAGGUUAAAGUUUUAAUGUGCAACGGCCCAGUCACUCUAGCAUUAACAAAACCAAAUUGCAUGGCAAAAUCAAUGAACUGAUUAAGUGGAAGUGGCACCAUCAAUUGACUAGCUCAUGAAGAUGAAGUAAAUCUUCUCAAAUGUUUCAUGUCAGUUUCAGUUCUGGUGAACUUUGACAUAUGCCAUUAGUUUGCAGGAGUAAAGAGCCAGAGAUUCCAACACAAACUAUUGUAGCUUAUCAGCUGUGUUGCACUUUUUUAUAACCUCUUCACAAAAAGGGAUUUUAGACAGUUAGGAUAAAAGUUGAUGUACAAAUACUGUAUGUCUUCAAUAAACUGUAAAUCUGUCAUCCUUCUAGCUUGUCAAACUAACUAGAUAAAAUGCUAGCUAACUCAGGAGGGUAACUAUGACUGACUUGCACCAUAGGCUGGCUAGCAUGUAAGGGGUUUUUGGGCCAUAGGAAAUAUUUUGUUGUGGCACCACAGCUGGCCACUUGGCUCUCUCUUAAUACAUCACACAAGUUAGCUUGCAAGCCUCAGUAGGUUGUCAGCUAGUACUGUGAGUAGUCAUUACAUCACCAAGCUUCUAAACUAUUUCACCAGUACAUCCAAUGAAAUUUGCUGUUCAACCGUCUGGUGUGACUGGGCCUUAAGAUUCCUUUUUCCUAUUUGUGCCAUCUUUGGUGCUCAGUAGUCACUGCUGUGCUGUUUCUGAACUGCUCCUGUUGGCCAGAAAUGAUUGUUAGUCUGUAUGGCUAGAAGAGCUAUGUCCUUUGUCUUGGAAUGUUUGUUGAUGAAGUUAAUGCAGGUGGUGUCCUCUACUGUAUUUCAGCCAUGGUGGCUAUCACUGCCGAUGCGAACAACCCAGUUAAAUAAUAAGGUUGCUGAUAUUCUUUUUCUUUUUGUCAACAAAUCCCAUGUUGGAAAAAUGAAUGUCUCCUGACAAGUACUGUAUUGUGUGUGUAUCCAGAGCCUGAUAUAUAUUAUUCCUCUGUGCCAUAGAGCUCCAUUGUUGUCCAAAAAGUGUUCAGAUAUUCACUAGAGCACCAAAUGUGUUAAUGCACAGCUGAAAAUAAUUCUCAACAAAUGCACUAUUUUCUACUUUUUGAUUAAGAUUCAGCUCAAUUUUAUUUAUAUAGCACCAAAUCAUAACAUAUGUUACCUCGAGGCAUUUUGCAGAGUAAGGCUGAGACCUUACAAUACUAUAGAACCCCAACCAUCCAUUGUAUCACUGUUACUAUUAUUGUAACAACCAGUCUGACAGUGCUUGAUUAGCUGCUCCUGGUUGCUCUCCCUUCUUUCUCCCCUUCUCCCCCCGCUAUCUCCUCUCUCCCCCAUUUUUCUCUUCUCAACCCAACUGGUCGAGGUAGACAGCUGCCCAACUUAAGGCCAGUUCUGUCUCUUUCUUCCUGUGAAAAGGGAGUUCUACCUCUCCACUGUCAUCAAAUACUGCUCAUGGUGGGAACGGACUAACACAUUGUCGGCUUUGGUCUUUAUGUGGAGUUUUAUUGACAGUACAAAGAAUAUUAAAUAACAGCUGUGUCUGAUUUCAUAAGUUUCCACAGAAGACUGAAUAAGAGGAGCAGAAUCACCCAUCUAGCUUUCAGUCCUCUAAAGGUUUAGGAGGCCAUAGGGCAGGGCCCACCUGAAAGCCCUUAUCACAUCAUUCGAUUUACAAUGAAAUCAGCACAAAAUGUUGACACGGUAAACUUUCAGGGCCCAAGGGUAGUAGCCCAUGUACUAGGUUAGUAAUCCAGCUUUGUCUUAAGGAUACACCUUUGUGGGCUGCGUGCUUCCAAGGGGAUAGACUCUGACUUGAGACACAGCUUCUUUUAUUAUUCCAAACAAACCAGAAACAUUAUUAACACGUCUUCCUAUAUGCCAGUAGACAUUUCCCUACAAAAACCUACUAAACAUGGAGAAAAGCAACAGUAAAAUCUUUAAUCAUCAUCAUCAUCAUAAUAAUCAUCCACAGAGUGGAGCAAUGAGUAUGACAUAUGUGUUUAAAUUUGUUGGCAUACUGGAAAGAUAGUUAGUGUCAUAACCUUAAGGAUCAUAGGUUAAAUUGCUGAAAAAGGCAAUAAGUGCGCAUUAACAAUCAUCUCCAUCAACUGUGGUAAAAGUAUGCAAUAAAAUUGUGUAGCACUAGUUGAAGGAAAUAAAUACACCCAGAAGGAAACCUGUGACAGAUGAGUCAGAGGCCACAUUUGCUAACGUACAGUGACUGGGUCCCAGCUUUGAGUGUGAGUGUGUAUUCUGCUCAGGUCCUGGUGUCUGUGGUGGAGGCAGUCAGCUGUCUUUUUUCUGGGCUUUGCCAUCAGUGAGUCUGAAUGGUGUCCCACAGGUUUCAAAUAUGCUUGAUUGUAUAUCUCAGUUCAGUCUUUACUUCCACACGAAUUACAGAGUACUUAUUUUCAGAAUCUAAGUGCUAAUAAAUGAUAUCCUUCACAUGGAUUGGAGAAUACUGUGCUGUGUCAUGGCAGAUGGUGAUAUUACAAAUGAGACAGAGAAUGAGAAGAAUGACUGGUCUGUGUCUGCUGCGUUUUUCCAUGUUUUCACUUUAAGACACCAAAUAAAAAGUCUUAACCACA